AGGGCGCCCUCUUUGACAUUUUUGUCAUGUUCGGGAUGUCGCAGGGAGUCGCAGAAUUUUUCUGCUCAGCAAAAGACAAUUCUGGUUAACCAUCAAAACCAUGGCAUAUAAGUGCACAAAGUAACUGUCGAUAUGGCAAAUGUAGAUAAGUUAGCGAGGGCCUUCGAUGCGUUAAAAACGCACCAGCAGGGAGGAAUCAGCGAUGAAAGUGGUUUACGAAAAAAAGAUGGCACUCUCAGCAAAAAAGAGAGAAUAUCACACUGUACAACAAUCGCAGAUGGCAUAUGCUCUUCAUCAUUCAGAGCUGUUGCUGAUUUUCCAAAGUUUUUGGGAAUUGCAAUGGAGCUGUUCUUUGCUGCUUGUGAUGAUGAGGAAUCUGAUGUGAGACUAAAGGCAGAUGAGUGCUUGAAUAAGUGCAUCAAGGUAUCCAUGGAUGGUAACUUGGGGCGUGUUCAACUGGAACUCUACAAAGAAAUUAAAAAGAAUGGCCCAUCACGUUGCCUCCGUGCUGCCAUGUGGCGAUUUGCCGUCAUGGCACAUCUAAUCAGACCUCAGAAAUGUCGCCCUUAUGUCAUCAAUCUUCUUCCUUGUAUUCCCAAGAUCUCAAGACGACAGGAUGAUGCAAUACAGGAGGCAAUGACAAACUUCAUGCAAAAGGUUUUGCCCAUUUUGGGAUCCUUUCUGACAGACACAGAAGUAAAGAAUCUGAUGAAGGUACUUUAUCCGAAUGUCAAGCAUCCUUCAGCUGCUACCCGACGUACCGCAGCCAGUUGCCUAACACUCAUAUGUCAAUAUGGACGCAAGCCAGCACUUUACUUCUCUAUGCUUGUCAAGACAUUACUGAUGUUUGUCAUCCCAGUGAAGGAAGAUCGCAAUAUCCAGAUGAUUCUUGGAGUUCUCUUGUGCUUCAGACAUGUCAUCCCUCACCUUGCAAGUCAAGAAGUCAAAGAACUGGGGUUAAAGGGCAGCUUUGGAGUGACCAAGAAAGAAGAGGAGGGUGGAGUCACUUCUGAACAACUACAGCAGAUCUAUGAAUUCCUCCUGUACUGUACCCAGCACCGUGAUCAUAAUGUUGUCACAGCUACUCUUGAGACCUUACAACAAUUAUUGCGCACCCCUCCACCACCAUUACUGAAGAUUCUGCUGACUAGAGGUAGCAUUACUGCUGUUACAAUAUUUGAAGAAGAGACGGGAAAAACACCAGAGAAUGUGGAUGAUUCUGCAGGGGGAAGUCAAGCUCCAAGCCUUUUCGGUGAUUCUGGUCUGGAUGAAGAUUCUGAUACAGUAAGCUUAACUACUACUGGCUCCAUCACCACUGACAUACCAUCUUCAACAAGUACAUCUGAUACAGGAAUGGACUCUGAAUCGGCUAUUAGUAUGCUUGCUAACUUACCAGAUGUUCCCCUUCUACCUGGGGAAAUUGGUAACCCAGAACCUCUUGUUGAUGACUCUGAAGUACUAGUGAAUGACAGCCAAGGAGAAUAUUCUAAUGUUGCCAUCGGUGAUAUUGAUGAAGAUUCUAUCAACCAAGACAGCAUGGUGUUUCUUGGAGACCAGAUGAGACAAAUGUCAAUUGACAGAUUGGAUGUGGAAGUUGGACUGGAUGCAAGGAGGUUGGUUGGUUCUGAUUUAUUGAGAGUAGAGGAGAUGGACUUACAAGAUGAUACAAGUAGAGAAGACUCAUCAGCCAAAAACUCACCAACUUCAGAAGUCAAAACAAAACAAGGAGAUAUUGGUCACUACACAGAUGAGGACUAUCCUAUCAUUCACUGUAUACGACUCCUAGGCUCCACCUACCUUCUGACUGGAUACACCGGUGGAUCCAUGCCAGAUAGAAGUGUUAGGAUUAGUGUGAAAGCCCUAGCAUUGAGUUGUGUUGGACUUAUGGUUGGAAUGCAUCCUAGAAUCUUCUUUGCCAGGCUCUUCAAGACAGACUCUACAGAAUCUCCAGAAGAUGACCAGUUGAUACGUGAUAUCUUGGCAUACAUGAGUCAUAGCGAUCACCAACUUCGUGGCCAGACAACGCUGAUCAUUGGAAACCUGAUCAGAGCAUCAUUAGUUGAAUCCUGCUAUGAUUUCACAAGAUGGUGCUGGGAUACAUGCCAAGAUCACCUUUUCACGGAUCCAAUGAGUUUAGACUACUUAGUGUCCUUGUUGUCCACAUCACUCAAAGAUGAAUCAUCAGUAACAAUGAGAAGUGCUUGCCAUGCCAUCAAGCUUUGCCUAUUAGACCUGUGUAAGAGUCGUCAUGGUAACCUCGGCCUUCAACUGACCUAUGACCUAUUUGAACUCAACAAGUGUUCCUAUUGGCUGGUGCAGGUGGAACUUCUGGAUCUACUGAGUUGCAUAGACUUCAAGCUGAUGCAGUUUUUAGAGAACAGACAAAGACAUGCAACGCACCCCAAUUAUUUGACCAAGUUGAACAGUGUGCAGGAAUUUGUCCUGCAUGAAGUGGUACUCAAGUUCCUGGGCAGUUAUGACAUACGUGUCAGACAAGCUGCAGCUGAAGCAAUCGUCAAGUUGAUACCAAGGCUAUUCUAUCCCGUGGACUACCCCCACCAAGAUCCAUUGUCUGCAUUAGCUAAGGACCAAGUGGCUCAACACUUGGACCCUGUCAUAGGAGAUGCUAUGCACUACUCCCAGGCUCAGACCACUGCUAUGAGCGAGAUUGUCAUCUUCAACAGUGGUCCAGAGGGAGGAAGAGCCACUGUUGACUCAGCUUUAUCCAGAGUUGUUGACUUAAUUGUGAAAACAAUGAAUGCUUGCUCAUCCAAGUACAUCAAGUUUGGAUGUUGCCAUGCCUUGUGUCAACUGUCCAUGACAUAUUCAGUCAUAGCUCAUCCCAAUGCAUGGAGUUGUGCCAUGUGUCUGUCCCCAUUGGCUAAAGAUGGGUCCACCAAGUCUACCGGUCGGCACAGGACUAAUGCUGGAAGCUUUGGGAGUCAGGGUGUACCCGCUGGUUUUGAGGAGCUGUGUAAUGGUUCAGGAUGCGGUCCACUUCCUUUGAUUCUAUCCAAUUUGACAUCAUCUCUGUUGUUGCUUGACUUGACAGCACAUCAAGAUGCUCUUCACCUUGCAGGGAACAUUCUCAUAGGUAUUGCCUAUCACUCUUUGAAGGUUACUGCCCCUUCUAACCAGUCUACAACAACUUCAUCAGCUUCUGUUGAGGAGGAGAGUUGGGCUUGCCUCCAAAACAGACUGUUAGUACCUCUAGCUGCACAACUCAUGCAACAUGUUGCCAGAGUUCUUUGUAUCUGUGCCCAUGUAAUCGAAGGUACACAACCUGGCCCACCAAAAUCACAGACCACACUGCCAUCAUUACCAGCUGGUCCAUCGCUAAGUCCCAUCAAACGGAGAGCCAAAGGAAAAGACAAAGACACAGUAGACCAAGGAAGUAUGUCACCAAAUACACAGGCUAAAUCACAAGCAGACAAGGCUGAAAGUGCAGAAGAAAAGAAGAGUCCCAAAUCAACCUAUGGUGCCUUCUAUCAACUACCUCAUUAUAUGAAGCUCUAUGAGGUCAUGAAAUCAGCAUAUAACAACUACAAGGUGACCCUUGAUCUAAGUCGAGCUGACAAGUUUGCUGGUCUGUUGAAGACAAGUUUGGACAGUUUCUCUCAGUUGCUGGAGAUAGCAACCAUGAACGAAGUGGGCAAGUACACAGAAGAACUUCUAAGCUAUAUGAAGUCAUGCUUCACAAUUGAACCUACAUCGGCAGUCCUAUGUGUGGAACAGUUACUGAAAGCGCUGUUUUUCACAAACAUGGCUAGCUCAGCAGAGAUUCCAUCUGCCAACUUCCCACGUAAACCAGGCAAAGCAACUCGUUUGACAUCAAACAUGAAACCUGGUAUCUAUCAUGAUUGCUUUGUAGCGCCUUUCACCCAGUACAACCAAUCCUUGAACCAACUUGGACCUAAGUUGAGUGCUAAUCCUGAGACUGAUGGAGGAAGUGCUGGGCUCUUUGGUUGGAUGAAGUCAAAGAUUGACAAGAAGAGUUUAAUGGGAAAAGUUACCAGUAAAGAAAAGUCUUCUGUACAUUCGUACAUCCGUCUCUUUGAACCAUUGGUCAUCCGAGCUCUCAAACAGUACACGAUAACAAGCAGUAUCCCACUACAACAACAAGUACUGCACCUACUGGCUCAACUUGUUCAGUUGAGAGUCAACUACUGUUUGCUGGACUCAGAUCAGAUCUUCAUUGGCUUUGUUGUAAAGCAGUUUGAAUAUGUUGAAGAGGGACAAGUCAAGGACUAUGACACCCUCAUACCUCACAUCUUCCAUUUUCUGGUGCUGCUGUCUUAUGAGCGUUACCAUAGUAAGGCAGUUAUUGCAAUGCCAAAGAUUAUACAACUCUGUGAUGGUAUUAUGGCAAGUGGACAACAGGCAACCACACAUGCUGUUCCUGCAUUGAAGCCACUGGUUCAUGACCUGUAUGUUCUACGUGGUUCCAGUAAGUCUGACUCAGCAAGGGAACUAGACACUCAGAGAGAAGUUGUUGAAUCUAUGCUGCAAAGACUCAUCCAUUUCCAUCAGGCUUUGGAGAUGUUCAUUCCUGUCUUGCUUCAAGCUCAUCGAGAUAGUGAAGACAAAUGGAAGAGACUUUCUCGACAAGUUGUUGAUAUGAUCUUACCACUGUUAGCAAGGCAGCAGAUUAAUCUGGAUUGUCAGGAAGCCAUCGACACUCUACAUCACCUGUUUGGAGUUGUAGCUCCUAGUGCUCUCAGACCUGUGGAUAUACUCCUCAAGUCUCUACUUCUUGUUCCUUAUGAAGUAAAUCAUCCUAUCCUAAAGCAACGCUGGUUGGGUAUGGCCCUGGCUAUCCUGAAUGUUCUCAUUUCUCAGUCCAAAGAGGAAACUAUCCUAUCCAGGCUUAGAGAGCUUGGUCUGACAACAGACUUGUUUGUCUGUCCAUUGGAAGAUGAACGAAGCCGAGAAGAAGACAUUGUCAAUGCAAACGUCUUGUCUCCAGAAGAUGUGCUGGCAAGAUUUCUGCUGCAAGUUACAGGAUUUACCAUCACUACAGCUAACCAGGAUCUAGCAGUGUCAGUGCAACAAAAUCAGAGUGGGUCCUUCCUAUACCAGGAACUGUCACACCUGUUACUCUACAUAACGCAUAUGUUCAAAUCAGGUGCUUUCAGGAAAGUUGCCAUGGCAAUGACAAGCAUGAUUCGUAAUUCAACUCAAAGUUGUUGGUUUACACUUGACCAACUCAAUCAUGCUUUCAUCAAGCUCAGUACCUCCUAUCCCAUCUUGGUACUACAAUGGUGUCAGGUCCUUCUCCUUCUGAAUUACAGUGACCAGGACUUCUGGUCAGUCAUCUUACAAACCCCCAAGAGACAACCAUUGUCUAAGUCACUAUCCAGUGGUAGCCUCGACAACCUGGAGACGACUAUAGACCAGACCAAAGGAUGUCCUGAAGAGAUUAUCAGACGAGGAGGUUUGGUGCUAUACUGUGACUUUGUGUGUGACAAUCAAGCUGAUGCUGAACCACUAACAUGGCUGGUAGUCAAUCACAUCAAUGAAAUCAUACAACUCUUCCAUGAACCGCCAGUCCAAGAUGUUAUCAGUGCAAUUCAUCGCAACUCUGCUGCUAGUGGUUUGUUCCUUCGUGCAGUCAACUUGCGUUUUACUCAUCAUUCCAAUCCUUGUUUGGUCAAACUAACACUUCAGUGUCUUCAAGGGAUCCAUCUUAGCCAGUCAGGUGUUCUCUUGACGAUACUUAUCGAGCGCUUCCUGAAUACUCACCAGCUAGCAAUCGCUCGUCUUUGUGACUCCAUUGCCUGUAGGAGAGUUGAGAUGUUACUGGCUGGUGGACUGGAUGACACUGCACCACAGCUGUCUGCAGAACAACUGGAAAAGCUGGAGGACUUUAUGAAUGCAAACAAACUUACUCAGAGACACCCCAGGCUAGCUUCUCUUUUGACUCGAUUCAAGACGGUUAUUCUUCGUCAAGAUAUCAACCAGUCUCCAUCCGGCAACAGACCAUGUACUGACAUCACCUCUGUCACUCCUAACAAGGAGUGGUUCUUGUCGGUUGUACAGCAGGGGUGUUUUGGACACACGACUGCUUCCGCUAGGGAAUGCUCCCUUUUACUUGCUCAUCUUCCACUGGAAGAUAUCAUAUCAACCAUGAUGACAGAGGAAUUCAACUAUCCUUUGCUAGAAGACUGCAUCCUUGUGGGUUUACAACGGACCAGAUUACGUCAUCCUCCAUGCCACACCUCAACAUCCCAGACCAAUGCCUCUAGCAAAGAAGAAGUAAGCAACAAGCCAAUCCCUCAGGAUCCAAUGUUUGAAGCUUCCUGCACUACUCUCUUAAGUCAUAUCCACAACAUGAUGGCCUUGAUGCCUGCUGAACAUCAAAUCCUCAGAGCUGACUCUAGAAUUGACUCUGAAAUGACCCACAAAGGUCACAUGAUGUCCCUGAUUCAGUGCGUAGAUUGGAGGACAAGAGUUUAUGAGUUAGCAUCGGCAUUGGUCAAGUACUUGAGAGCUAUGAGAUUGCUUGGGAUGCCUGUACCUCCUGACUCACUCGAGGAGAUUGCAAAACUUGCUGUCACAUGUCUUGAGGCAGCAAGCUGGUCAUUGACAGAAGGAUCAAAUGUCACAUCCCAGAUGAUUGUGACAUCAGUGGAAUGCAUGGGAGUUAGCCUACAAAACCAACAGAUCUUUGCUGUAAUUGGUUCAUCAGAUCACACGACAUUGGCAUGCUCUGCGAUUGGCUGCCUUCAUCAAAUUGUGGAAAAGAUUAAUCCACGUAGAAAGUGCUUUCCUUCCGCUGAUGUUUUAGUUGAGCAGGAAAGUUCACUCAAAGAACAUCAAUCAAUCCAGACGGCUUGCCAGCAGAUAACUGACCUUCUGUGUCUUCACUACACCUUAACCAGGGAUGAUCACAAUACUGUCUGCCAACUUCCACUAUUCCUAAGGAAACCACUGAGGAACGCGGUAGUCAGUCUUGCCAGGUUACCGGUGGUUAAUAGUUAUGCAAGGACUCCUCCUUAUGCUUACAAACUUGGUUGGGUUCCUAGCCCACGGGAGGGGUCAGUUGAGAUACCACCAUUGCCGAUGGAAUACUUGAAAGAGAAGGAAGUACUGAAAGAGUUUGUUGUCCGAGCAAAUACUAUUGGGUGGACCUCAAGGCAGCAGUUUGAAGAAACAUGGGCAGGAUUGUUGGGUGUCUUUACUGCACCUGUAAUACCCGAAGAAAUAGCUCUAGAGGAGGACAUUGAACACAGUCAAUCCAUCUGUCUUGCCGUUCGUACUAUAUCCUCUCUCCUGGUAGACAGCUUGCUCCACCCACAACCUGGUAAUCCUACCAACAGUACCUAUCAGUAUAUACCGCGACACGGCCAUCGUAACCUGUCAUUCCUUGAGACAACGCUGGGCAAGAAGUUACUUGCUUUGAGAUGGGUGGUGGAAAAAGAAGUGGAUGCAAUGACGUCAAAAAAGAUUGAUCAAGCAGUCUCACGGCCAGUCAGUGAGUUGGACAGUAUGGUGGAUCUCUUCAUGAACAAUUUGGAGCAUGAGUCAGACCGUACUCAGUUUGAUUUAGCCAGAAUAUCUGUGCACGGCAUCUGGGCCAUCAACAACAUGCUCCCACCACUGACAGAUGAUGACCCAGAGAUCCUAGAUGAGAAUACUCAAGCUCCUAGACCAUUCAGAUCAUCUCCAGUGAGAAUCCCUGGAAAUCUAGAUGUUCAUUCCUGUCUGAUGUUUCUUGAGGGAUUGUAUGGACAAUGGCUGUCCCCAACAACUGUUCCCCGAACACCACUCAUGCUCAUAUGUGAAACCGUCAAAUCAAUCUUGGUGAUCUCAGAUGUGUUCACUCAACGAGCUCAGUAUGAGUGGAUGUUUGAUACCCUACUUGAUGUCAACAAGAAUCAUCCAGUGGAAGAUGAACUUGUGACUCAGUAUGCUGUCCCUGGCAUCUGCAAAGCAGCUGCUGUCUUAGGCUUGGAGAAGGAUGUUGCAGAGAAGGUCAGUAAGUUACUGGAAGUCACACUACGAAGCACCCAUCUACCCAGCCGUGUGGGUGCAUUGUACGGCGCCCUCUAUAUCCUAGAGUCAGACGCAAUCGAAGACAUCAAUGUCUUUGUUCCUGUUGUGUCUGAUUAUGUCGCUAGGAACUUACACUACAACUCAUAUUGCAGUAGUCUUGCCAGUCAACGCCACACACUGGUCAUGUUAACAGCAGCAUUCUAUGUGAUUGAAUGUUACUAUGAAUACAUCAAGGGAACGGAUUUCACCAAGGCCAUACUGCAUAGCUGUAUAUCUAUGGCAUCGGUAAGUGACGGAGCUACGUCACCAGCUGUGUACCAGGCUAUCAUGAGAGGGUUAGAGAGACUACUGAUAUCUGGAGUAUUGUCACUUCAAGAGACAGAAGUUCUGACUAAACUCAGUAUGGACAAGUUGUGCAUGCCUUCCCCACUCCAUGCCAUGUCGGCCCUUGGGCUUCUAAUCACAAGUAUGUAUGUGCAGAAACACAAACAAACAAGCGAAAGCAACGAACAGUCAGAAGAUGAGUCUGGAUCACAUGACCCUGAGAGUCAAGUGAUGGCCAUGGAAAGAAUUUCAGUGCUGUUUGAUAGAAUUCGUAAAGGCUAUCCGUCAGAAGCCCGUGCAGUUGCCCAAAUUCUGCCUGCUUGUGUCAGUGAUUUCUUCUCACCGCAAGAUGUAAUGAACAAAGUGAUUGGUGAAUUCUUGUCCAAUCAACAGCCACAUCCUCAGCUCAUGGCCACUGUUGUCUUCAAGGUGUUUGGAAGUCUGCACAGCCAGGGUCAACUACAAGGCGUACGUGAUUGGGUGAUGUUAUCUCUCUCCAACUUUACUCAACGUACACCUGUUGCUAUGGCAAUAUGGAGUCUGACAUGUUUCUUCAUCAGUGCAUCAACCAAUGCAUGGAUCAGAGCUCUACUUCCUCACAUUGUUGGACGUAUGGGACGUCUGGAGGCCAUUGACAAGAAAUACUUUCUGAUUGUUGCCAGGGAUUUCUUCCUUAAUCAGGUAACAGAUGAGUCCAGUAAACGAGCUUUCAUGUCGACCUUCCAGUCAGCAGCUGCUACAUCUACUGAUCCAGUCUAUACACAACUUCUUGGAUGUGUCUAAGAAGAUUCACCUUACUUGUACGCAUCCUUCAAGGCAUUUUAAUCCCAGACUCUUCCUUGUAAUCAAAGACUGUUCUUAACUAUGUAGAGGGGGGGGGGUAACCCAGCUGGCUCUGUCCGAAUUUUGGGCAGACAUUAUUACCAGUAUAAUUUUUGGGGGGUGUCGCGUUAUUUUUUUAUGUAUUUCUAUGAAAAUAAUUUUUGAGGCGGACGUGGGGGGGGGGGUGGGUUUGGCCCCCAUAACCCCCUCUGAAUCCGCGCCUGAAUGUGCAUGCAUGUAAAACGUGUAUCCUGAGACAAUCUUGUCUGUUUUUAAUAAACAGAUCUAAUAAUUUAACCCUAAAUAAUUAAUAAUUAAUAAAAUUAGACACAAAUUGAUUCAGGUUUGCUUUCGGAAUUUAAAGAUUUAUUUCGUCCUGUCCUUUCAUUUUUGCUGUAUUCCAAAAAUGUUGAUUUGCCAACCGGGCUACUUAAGUAAUAGUUUUACUUGCCCGCCGCUGUUUUGACUAGCAUUUGGCUAGCGGGCUACUGCUAAAGUCAAACCCUGGUGAUGGCCAAUAAUUAGCUUAAAUGAUUUAUACCUGUUGUGCACCUGUUGUUUUGUGGCGAUUUUGACACCUUACAGUUUUAAACUAAUUAUUGCAACAUCUAAGACAUGAUAUAUCAGACUAAAAUGAAAUCUGAUGUUAACUAAAACUUGUGGCACACUAGUAAAGUAAUGUAAUUCUUAUUCAGUAUCUUCGUUGUGACUAAAAUCUAUUUUGUGCUUAUGAUUUCAAUACUUUGUCAAUAUACUUGGCAUCUUUGUUUAGUUUUUUAGGUUUAUGGUCUGAGUAAUAGCUGUAUAUUCAUUGCAAGCAAUCACAAAAAAACACAAUUACUUGUAGUAUGUUUUGCACAUAAUCUUCUGGAGAGUGCAGUUGGGGUUGGCAUCUAACUCCUGACCCUGUUAUAUGCUGUUAAACCCAUCUUUGUGUAGAUAUAUGUCUAAUGAUGGCUAUGAAAAAUUCGUAAAUAUAAUUUUUUGGUAGAACUUAUUUUCCAUAUUGUAUAUAAUGUGUAAUGAGUACAUAAUCCAAGUGCUGAAUGUAAAUAAUUAUUAUGAAUGUAAAAGUUACAAAAUGGUACCCGAAUAGCUCCAUGGACUGGGCAGUUUCUUAUAUCAAUAUGUCAUAAGGUUUCAUUUAAUAAACUAAUAAAAUUUGUCCUUACCCUUCUAAUUUCUAGCAAUAAAGAAACAAAAACACUAACAUGCUUUCAGAUGAUGAAAUGGCAAAUGAAAAGAUUGAAAAAUCAAAAUCUUAGAUGCCAGUGAUCUUGGACAAUAGUUAUCUUUACAUAUGCACAUUGUUUAUGUUCUACAAACAAGAUUGAUUUGGAUAGCCUGAGAGGUCUAAGACAUUUGAGCUUGUCUUAACUAGGUUGUAGUAAAAGUAAAGAUAGUUGUUAAUACAUGUACCCUCAUACUUCAAUAAUUUGCCUCCACCUUUGGUUUAGCCCUCAGAAAUGCACUUCCUAUAAUGUCAUCCUUGUCCUCAUCUAAAACUCUUCCAUACUGUUGCUCCACUCCAACUUUCAUCUUCCCUUAAGUGCUGUGAAGCUGUAUCUGACUUGAAGUAUUGGAGAACCAUUUCUUGGCAUAUGGAUUUCCAUAUGACAAAUGAAAACUGAGUCAUUCUGUACUAAUUCUCUUCAGAAGGCUUGUAUAAUUAUGUAUAACUGUGUAUAAUUAUGAACUGUAAUGUUACAGUAUGUUAUUAAAAAGAUAAACUGAGUUUAAAUGUGAAGCAAAUGUAAUGACUUAUGAGUACAUUAUGUUAAAGCAAUAAAAUAUCAUGAUACACAUUCAAAUUUA